AUAGAGGUACAGAGAUUUACUAGGGAAAAACUUCCAUUUUAUAGAGAGAAAAAAAAUGAGAGACUAAUUAGAAAACUCAAGGCAUCACCACAACUUUUCGUAACCUAUAAAUAUAUAACUAUUUCCUUAUCAUUUUCUCUUUAAUAUCAUUCUUGUUCAUAGUUGAUAAUAUCCCACCAAGAAAUGGAGAAGACAAUGAAAUUUGAUUUAAAAACCAUCUUUUUCCCUGCCCUCAUUGCAGUUCUAUGUGCUGCAACCUUAACUGAACAGACUUUUCCUUGGAAGUUUGAUUUUGAUUUAGAUUUUGGGUCUCGAAUAAAUCCGUCGAUUCCAUCAACACCAUCGACUCCAUCAACCCCGUCAGGAUCAAGAGGAUGGGCCGGACAUUUGAAUUUUAGUUACAGUGGCGCCAUGGGGCCAGACAAAUGGGGAAUUUUGAAUCCAGCAUUCAGGACGUGUGCGAAUGGGAAAGCACAAUCUCCUAUAAACAUUGUGACGAAAGAUUGUGUGUCUAAUACAAAAUUAGGACCACUGGUUAGAGAAUUCAGCUCCACCAGUGGUACUUUAAUCAACAAUGGCUAUAACAUCGGGUUGGAAUAUUCAAAUGGAUGUGGAAGCGCCAUGUUAGAUGGGAAGAAAUUCACCCUGAAAUCGAUGCAUUGGCAUUCACCAUCUGAGCAUACCAUUGACGGAACUCGUUUCCCUCUGGAGCUUCAUCUGGUUCAUGCAUCGGCACAAGGGAGUAUAUCAGUUGUAUCAAUCCUUUACCAAUACGGCAAACCCGACCCGAUUCUCACUGAGCUUAAGAGCACUAUAGAUCAACUGGAAGGGAUACAAUGCGCUCCCACAGAGGAAGUUUAUCUUCCAGUAGGUGUCCUAAAGAGCAAGUUCCUAAAUCCCCAAACCAGGAAGUACUACAGAUAUAUUGGUUCUCUUACGGUCCCUCCGUGUCAUGAAAACAUUAUCUGGAACAUACUUGGAACGGUUAGACAAGUAUCCAAGGAACAGGUAGAUGCCAUAAAAGCACCACUGGCUGGCACUUGCAAAGACAACUCUAGGCCAACGCAGCCACUCAACGGGAGAAAAGUGGUUCUAUAUGAUGAACAUAAACCCGAAGAUAUAGAAAAUUAAAGAGAAACCUAAAUAUUGCUAAUAUAUGUUGUGUAUGUAUGAUCAUAAUGAGUCUAUGAUCUUCUUUAAAACACAACUUGAUGCAUCCAUUCUGCCUUUUAAUGUUAAUGUCCUGAAGUGUAUUGUCUAGCUUUAGUAAAUAAGAAGUUUUGAUCCCAACACCUCUGGUUGUUUUGUGGAUUAAUUGGUAUAAUGUAACUACUAAUUAGGUAUGUUAACUAGCUAUAUGAAAUAAGUAACCAGUGUGGUCAAUUUCGUCUGAUGCGCCUGUUUUUAUAUAUUACUUUGUUCACGUGAA